AGUAGAGCAGGCUGAGACAUGGCGUCUAUGAUAGAAUGUUCCUUUCUUCAGUUACAGGCUCUGGAGCAGGGAGCACUUGGAUGUGGAUACCCCAGGGAUCUUGUGCAAAUGCAGAGUUUUAUCUUGGGUGGGGCUUGAGAGUCUCUGUGUGUCACAAGGUCCCGGUUUAAGCUGAAAAUAACUAUUAUAGAUGUAGGAUGUAGCCACUGGUACACAGAUCACGUGAGAGUGAGAGAAAACAUUUACACCAAGACCAAAAUAAAAGAGUAUGAGACAGCUGCAUGGGGUAGUGAGGAGAAAAGAAGUGGGAGCAGACUGCUUCUCAGAGGAAACGUAAUGAUUUUCUGAUUUACUGGUUGAGCGAUUUUUAUAAGGUUGAAAGAGAAUGGGUUCAGGAAUUCUCCCAGGGUUCUGGAAAGCUGGUGGUGUCAUGGUCAAAGAGUGAAGAAAAACAAAGAAAUUAAAAACCUCAAAGGGAAGAAAGAAAUGUUAGUUGCAAAAUCAGCAGGAAAAAUACUGAUCACAUAUUACCGUGCUAUAAAUGAAAAGUUUUUUAAAAAAACAAAGCACAACAGAAGAGUUUUAACUGCACAUAAUUAGAAAUUAUUGACGCAUGAUGAGUUCAUUGACUUGAACUUGAAAAAUAUAUUCUCCCUGAAAAUUCACCUAUGUUGAUAAUCAAAUAAAAUGUGUGGGUUAAUCUCAUAGGCAAACCCUCAACCUAAGCCACGGGCCCUGAUGCCCUGCGGGAAGCGGGGCUCAUGUUCCCCAGCCUGGGCAGGCCUGGAUGCCUUUCCUGCUCUGGGAUGAGGAGGCCCCUCCAUCUGUGACUUUGUUCCCAGAGGAAGAGGCCUGUGGAGCUGCAUGAAGAAUUCAAAUGUGUGCUCUGAAGGCUGGAGCAGGAUCUGCCUUAAAUGCAAAUAUCUUCAGAGUGGAGCAUGGCCCUGAGCCUGGGGGAAAGCCCUACUCAGGGAAAGGGCUGAAGGCCAGGAAGCUGUCUCUUCCUCCUUACCCAGCACUGUCUCCUUCUUCCAUUUCAGGUCCCAGGAGUGGCACAGGGAGAGCUAGUGCAGUCUAGGCAGCGGGGGACUGAGGGUGACCGUCCUGCCCAUCCACGCAAUCACAAGUAAGGAUUUUCACUGCUCUGACUGGCUGUGUGGACUGAACAUCAUUCAUCUGCCUCCGGACUGCCUAGUAGCCCUGCUUCCACUGCCAUCCCUCUUCCUAAAGUGGCUUCUUGGGCUUAGAGAGCACAUUCGCAUUGACUUCCAGAAGCGGGAGCCAGGAAAUGGACUCAGUGAGUGUUGAGGAUGUGGCUGUGGACUUUACCCAGGAAGAGUGGGCACUGCUGGAUCUUUCUCAAAGGAAACUCUACAGAGAUGUGAUGAUGGAAACCUUCAGAAACCUGGCCUCAGUAGGAGAAGUCUGUGAACUGCGUGACAUUGAAGAUCAGGAUAACAACCAGAAAAUACAUGUGAGCAUGCUGCCUAUUUUUAAGAGAAGACAUAUUGUAGAGAACAUCUGUGAAACUACUGAAGAUAAUCAAUGUGAGCAGACCUUCAGCUGGAUUCCAAAUCUUUUCAUGUUCCAGAGAACUCCUGUGGAAGAGUAUCCCUCUGAAUGCCUUGAGUGUGGAAGAUGCUUGAUUGUUCAUUCCUCACUUAGGCAUCGUAUGAGCUCCCACUCUGGAUGCAAGGUCUAUCAGUGUAAGGAAAGUGGAGAAGCCUGCAGUUGUCACUCUUACCUCCACACUCCUGUGAGAAAUUUUACUAGAGGGAAACCCUAUGAAUGUAAGGAAUGUGGCAAAGCCUUUAGUCGGUCCUCAUACCUCAUUGUACAUUCAAGAAUUCACAGUGGAGAGAGGCUGUAUGAAUGUAAGGAAUGUGGCAAAACCUUUCGUUAUUCUUCAAGCUUCACUAGACAUAAGAGAAUUCACAGUGGAGAGAGGCCUUAUAAAUGUAAGGAAUGUGGGAAAGCCUUUAGUCAGUCUUCAGACCUCACUGUACAUGUAAGAAUUCACAGUGGAGAGAGGCUUUAUGAAUGUAAGCAAUGCAGCAAAGCCUUUCGUCAUCCCUCAAGCUUCACUAGACAUUUGAAGACUCACAGUGGAGAGGGGGCUUAUAAGUGUAAGGAAUGUGGGAAAGCCUUUAGUUGGUCCUCAGACCUCACUGCACAUACAAGAAUUCACAGUGGAGAGAGGCUUUAUGAAUGUAAAGAAUGUGGGAAAGCCUUUAGUUGGUCCUCAGACCUCUCUGCACCUAUAAAAAUUCACAGUGGAGAGAGGAUGUAUGAAUGUAAGGAAUGCGGCAAAGCCUUUAGUCAUUCCUCAAGUUUCACUAGACAUUUGAGAACUCACCAUGGAGAGAGGGCUUAUAAAUGUAAGGAAUGUGGGAAAGCCUUUAGUCAGUGUUCAGAUCUCGGUGCACACAUAAGAAUUCACAGUGAAGAGAGGCUUUAUGAAUGCAAUGAAUGUGGGAAAGCCCUUAGUCAGUCCUCAAACCUCAUUGCACAUAUAAGAAAUCACACUGGUGAGAGGCUUUAUGAAUGUAAGGAAUGCGGCAAAGCCAUUAGUCAUCCCUCAAACCUUGCUAGACAUAUGAGAACUCACAGUGGAGAGAGGCUUUACGAAUGUAAGGAGUGUGGAAAAGCCUUUAGUCAGUCCUCAGAUCUUGCUGCACAUAUAAAAGUUCACAGUGGAGAGAGGCUGUAUGUUUGUAAGGAAUGCAGCAAAGCUGUUAGUCACCCCUCAAACCUUCGUAGACAUAUGAGAACUCACAGUGGUGAGAGGCCUUAUGAAUGUAAGGAAUGUGGGAAAGCCUUUAGUCAGUCUUCACACCUCGCUAUACAUAUGAGAGCUCACUAUGGAGAGAAGCCUUAUGAAUGUAAUGAAUGUGGGAAAGCCUUUCGUCAGUCCUCACAUUUCAAGUCACAUAUAAGAUCUCACAGUGGAGAGAGGCCUUAUGAAUGUAACGAAUGUGGGAAAGCAUUUAGUCAGUCGUCAGACCUCACUGCACAUAUGAGAACUCACAGUGGAGAGAGGCCUUAUGAAUGUAGGGAAUGUGGGAAAGCCUUUAGUCAGUCCUCACACUUCACUGAACAUAAAAGAAUUCACAGUGGAGAGAGGCCUUAUGAAUGUAAGGAAUGUGGCAAAACAUUUAUUCGGUCCUCACAUCUCACUACACAUAUAACUCACUGUAGAGGGAGGCCUUUUGAAUGUAAGGAAUGUGGCAAAGCGUUUAGUCAUUCUUCACACUUCACUACACAUAUGAGAACUCACUGUAGCAGGAGUCCCUAUAAAUGUCAGGAAUGUGGCAAAGCCUUUAGUCAGUCCUCACACCUCACUACACAUAUGAAAACUCACAGUGGUGAGAGGCCUUAUGCAUGUAAGGAAAUGUGAGAAAGCCUUUAGGUACCCCUCACACCUCACUGAGUGUAUAAGAACUUAUAAUGGAGAGAGGCCUUAUGAAUGUAAGGAAUGUGUAAGCCUUUCCUCAGUCCUCACAUUUCACUGCACAUUAAAGAAUUCAUAGUGGAAAGAGGCCUUAAGUAAGGAAUGUGGAAAAGACUUUUUGUCAGUCUCUGGUGCUUACUGAAUAUAAAUAACCUUACAGUGGGGGAGACUUUAUGAAUGUAAGGAACGUGGGAAAGCAUUUAGUUAUUGCUGAUGCCCUACUGAAUACAUAAGAAAUCACCCUGGAGAGAAGCUUUUUGAAUAUCUGGAAUAUGGGGAUUCUUUUGUGCAUGCUCAAACCUCACUGAUCUUAAAAAAAUUCACACUGGAGAGAUGCUUUAUAAAUGUAAAGAAUUUGUCUGUAUGUAUAAACUGUUCUGAUGAUACAGCCAAUGUUCAAUUGCAGACAUUCACUUCACCCUUUAAUAGAAGCAUGCAUCUCCUACAAAUAAGGCCAGUUUCCUACCAAAAAAUCCCAGAUCUUUAUUGUUACAUAUAAUAAAUGAAAAUUUGUCCACUUGUCCAUUAAGUAUCUGUUAUAGUUGUUGGGUUUUUUGAAGUUAAUAUCCAAAUAAGAUUUCCAUGUUGCCUUUUCGUUUGCAAAUCUGUUUAAUCUGUCUUACACAGAAACGCUCUCCUGUCUUGUAAAAUGUUAAAAUGUUUGGCAUUCUCAUACAGUAAAACCUGUGAUAGUCAGAACCUGUGAAAGUCAGAAACCUGUCAGAGACUCAGAAAAACAAGGCAGCCCCAUUGAGUGCCAGCUCUCACAGAUUUCACUGUAUUUGUUUUGUCAUGAUUUCAUUUAAUUAGUUUGUCUUCUGUAUUUUUUGUAAUGUAGAAUUGAGUAUAGCAGAGGUCUGUAUAGUAUAAGGGUAAUGUAAGUCAAAGAUGUAAUUUAAAAUAUUUCAGUAGCCAUAUUACCUGAACCUGUCGAGUCGAUUCUGACUCAUUGCGACUCUAUAGGACACAGAAGAACUGCCCUAGAGGGUUUCUGAGGAAUAGCUGGUGAAUUUGAACUACCGACCUUUUCUUUAACAGGCGGGCUCUUAAUUACUAUGCCACCAGGGCCAUGUUAAAAAUUAAAAACAUUUAAGUGUGAAAUUUUUAAUGAAAAAUUUUACUUAACCCAAUAUAUUCAGUUAUUUUCAAUGCAAAAAUUGUAAAUGAAAUUGACAACUGGAGUAAUCAAUAUAAAUUUAUUUAUGGGACAUUUUACAUUUCCUUUCUUUUGUACUCAUAGGUCUUCCAGAAUCCAGAAGCAGCAUAUCUCAUAAAUAUUACUGUUGAAAAAGUAGAUUCACAACCCCGGGUUACGCCAAACAUACUUUUCCAAUAAUUGAGUCAAGUUUAUUGUUAUAUUUAAAUUAAUUAAAGUUAAUUCAGUUUCUUUGUUUCACUAGCCACAUAGGUUUUUUGCACAACACUAUUAACGUUUGAAUCCAAAAGAAGUCCAUGGAUCACUUUGUAGUUUCCUUUUGCAGACCUGGAAUCAACAAUUUCUCUCCAAACCUCUGGUUCAUUUUGAAAAUACAUGUCUGUGCAAUACAUGGGCUCAGUGCUAAACCAAAACCUGUUGCCAUUGAGUCAAUCUUGUCUCGGCCUUUCAGUGAACAUCUAAAAUACAUAUUUUCUUACAUCGUAAAUACGUAUUCUUAUUCCCAGUACAAAUUUAAGAUUUUAAGUUUUUUUUUUUUAAAUGUGAAAGAAAUGAUGCUGAACAAUGUUAAGUAGGCAAACUAAACUUUAUUCAGGCUGUUGCGAUAUGAGAGAGACCUCAGCAUAAGUCUGACUUCAGUUCAUAAGAGUGAAGUAAGGCAAGGGUUUUUAAAGUGAGUUUUGCGUGACAUGGGGCACUGGAAACUUACUAAGUAGAAGUUGGCAAGCAAAGAUUGGGCAGGAGGAUGGGUUUUAGGCAAGAAUUCUAAUAGUGUUCAGAAGUAUUUGCUCAAGGCUGAUUUAUUAGGCUGAAGCAAGGAACAUUCAUAGGGUAAGUGGUAUAAAUGGGCAAAUCUUGUCACUUUGUUAUUUUAUAUUAGUAUCUUUUUUUUUAAAUAAUAAAAAUGUUGGUUCCUAGUAACAUUUAAAUAGUUUCAAUAUAAUUAUACUAAAGUUCUACUAACUAAAAACAUACUCUGUGAAGUACUGAGUUUUUUCCCCCUCUCUUUUUGUACUUACUGUUUACACAUUUACGUUAAGGACGUUAACACAAGUUUACCAUGCCCAAACAUUGGCUGGAGCACAAACUCUCUUCUGCACGGUUAUGUGAUUAGUUUGAUGUUUUUUCCUGCUAUCCACUUGGCUCCAGCUUGUGGUGACCUUACGUAUGUUGUUUCUGCGUGCUGUGGAUUCAGUUCCAACUCAUAGCGACCCCAUGUGACCACAGAACUGUCCUGUGAGGUUUUCUUGGCUGUAAUCUUUACAGAAGCAGAUUGUUAGGUCUUCCUCCCAUGGAGCCGCUGGGUGGGUUUGAACUGUCAAGCUUUCUAUCAGUAGCCAAGUGCUUAACUAAUUGCUUAACCAGGGCUCCUUGACCUUAUGCAUAACAGAACAAAAUGUUUCCCAGUCCUGCAGUAUCUUUGCAGUCAUUGGUAUGUGUCAUGGCUUGAAUUGUGCCCCCCAAAAAUAUGUGUAUCAAUUUGGCUAGGCCAUGAUUCCCACUAUUGUGUGAUUGUCCACCAUUUUGUCAUCUGAUGUGAUUUUCCUAUGUGUUGUAAAUCCUACCUCUAUGAUGUUAAUGAGGAGGCAUAGGUGGCAGUUAUGUUAAUGAGGUACAGCUCAAAAUCUACAGGAUUGGGUUGUGUCUUGAGCCAAUCUCUUUUGCGAUAUAAAAGAGAGAAGUGAGCAGAGAGACAGGGGAACCUCAUACCACCAAAAAAGGAGCAGAGAGCAGAGCCGGGAGCAGAGUGUGUCCUUUAGACCCAGGGUUCCUGCAUGGAGAAGCUCCUAGUCUAGGGGAAGAUUGAUGACAAGGACCUUCCUCCAGAGCUGACACAGAAAGCCUUACCCUGGAGCUGACCUGAAUUUGGACUUCUGGCCUCCUAGACUGUUAGAGAAUAAACUUCUUUCUUGCAGCUAUCCACUUGUGGUAUUUCUGUUAUAGCAGCACUAGAUAACUAGAUAACUUCCAAACUGGGGGUCAUCUUCUCAGCCCUAUGUUAGACAGUGUUAUGUUGUGAUCCAUAAGCUUUUCAUUGAUUGAUUUUCUAAAGUAGGUUGCCAGGCCUUUCUUCCUAGGCUGCCGUAGUCUGGAAGCUCCACUGAUACCUCUCCACCAUGGGUAACCCUGUUGGUAUUUGAAAUACUGGUGGUAUAGCUUCCUGCAUCAGCAACAUACCAGCCACCACAGUAUGACAGACUCACAGAUGGGUGGUGGCAGUUUGAUAGGCUGUAAUGUUUGUUUGUGUUUACAUUUAAUAUCCAGGUAUGCUUUCCUUUUGAAUUACUCCCUUAACACAUAAAACUUUCACAUGAUUCAGAAUUUAAAAACUAUAUGAAAAGAUGUAAUCAGAAGGCUGACUUCCUCCUAUACUACCUGUGUUCUGUUAAUAUCAGCACCAUUUGCUAACUAUGUCCAUUUUAAUUGUUUCCUGUGUAACCUUCCAGUGUUUCUGAGAAAAUCUC